GGGGCCCCCACCGCCCAGGGGCCGCGCCGCGCCUCGCCUCGCUCCCCUGCGCGGGCGGGCCGGGCCGAGCGGGAGCAGGGCCGCCGCGGGGCAGGCCAAGCCGCUUUCUGGUGGGAGCCGACAGGGCGGGAACGCCAGGCAGAGCGCAGAAGACUGCUGCUGAGAGAGGACUUCAGGGAGCAGUGGCAGAGCCCAGAGAGGGGAGUGGAGGAUGACUCAGCAGGGAGCCGUUCUUCAGGGUUACAAUAAUGAACUAGUGAAAUGCAUUGAAGACUUAUGUAUGCAAAAAGAAGAGCUGAACAAACAAAUCCAGGAAGCGAAAGAAGAAAAAAAAAGACUCCAGCAUCAAAUCCAAGUCCUGAGCAAACAACUGCAGUGUGUAUGUGAAAACCUGGCUCAAAAGGUAGCUUCACGGAAUGAGCUUGAUAAAAUUCUUGCUGAAACUGAAGCUGCUUACGUGAAGAUUUUGGAUAGUUCUAGAACUUUACUUAAUGUCCUGAAGAAAGAAGUGGGAAGCCUAAAGCAUACACCAGAACUGAAAACCAAUGUAACUUGAAACGGUCAAAUGUUUGGAAUCCACAGUGCUAUAAUUCCAGUAGAUUCACAAAUGGAAAGCAAUAUUAUCUCUAGGGCUUGCCUAUUUGUAGAAUAACUCCCAGGUGUGGCAGUUAUUGUGAGGUAAGUGCACCUGCAGAGUUGUUACUCAAAAAUAACUCUUACCAUUAUAUUCUGUAUUGACCCAAAUGAACCUACUGUGUCCUUUAUUGAAGUGAUAAACCUUUUUCACUGCUUUUUCAGGUAGUAUAAGUUUUGACAUAAAAAGCUUUUCUUAAAAAGCUUCAGUUUGUUUAGAAUAGAAGAUACGGAAACUAAACUAAUGCACAGUAUUGCUACAAUAGAAAUCAUAAUUUGCAGAUUAUAGCAGCUUUGUGGGGCUGGCCUGUAACAGAAAGUUUGCCUGAAAUAAGGCAGGUUAUAAGGCUUAAUUUUUUAUGUUGAUUUGGUGUAACUGUCUGGACUAGAUCCAGUUAUGUACUCGAGUGCUUACAGUCUAGGAUAUUUAAUGACAAAAGUUAGUUUAGUGCCUAAAGUGCUGUGUCGAAUAUCUUGUCGUUCCUUUGGUAUGUGAGGAGACACAGUUUUUGAAACUCCUACCUGUGCUUGAUUCAAAGCUCCAGUGAAAUGCAUCUAGAGUACUGUUCUGAUUUCCUGAAUUUUUGGAGUGGCACCUGUACCUUGUUUCCAAAUAACAGAACAUAACUGGAAGAGAGAUGAUGAUUCCCAGCUUUUAUAGUAAUACUUCUUAAAUAUGUACCUAGCAUAUACAACUGUAGUCGUCAACGGGCUUUUCAAAUCCUUUAAGUGUUGACUCCUGCCAAGUAAACUAAGUUUACUAUGUACGCUAGAGUUUGGUGGUUACCAGAGAAACAGCUGGGGGUGGUAUUUUGAAGUAAUUUUCAGUGUGGAGGUGAUUAUACAAACCACUGGUUGAAGUCCCAUACACAAGUAGUCACCCACAAUCUGUAACUGCCUGCAGAGAUGAUUACCUUUCAAUUGAGAUACCUCCCCACAUGCAGUUUCUGCUAAUCACCUUACAGGGCUGGAGGUGAGUGGAUUGGGGUGCGCCCUAAUUUUGGGGGUGAAAAGUAAAGAGGUAGUAUGGAUGUGGAGUCCUGAUUCGGGGAAACUGGAACAUGAGUGGAGGAUUGAUAAGAGAGGUGGACUUCCUCUUAAUUUCUGUCUGCUUUAAGUGUGCUUGUACUGAGCUACUGCCUACAGUUCCUGCUACCCAAUAAAUCAAAUUUUAGAAAUCAUCUGAGGGUCACCUGAAGUUUGGCCACUGCCCCUGCUCCACUUUUUAAGUCCACUGACAAGCUACAGAGGCAACCUACAUUUUAUGUAGUUUUAUAUUACGUAUAUAUUUUUAUACUACAUAUACUAAAAAAUAUGUAGCUUUAUAUAUAUAUAUAGAGAGAGAGAGAGAGAAAGAACAAUACAUUGCUUCCUCUUUCUGCCUUUUAUUCCUUUCUGGACACACACUGGCAUGCUCAGCUGCACAGUGGCCAGUUCCAGCAGGAAGACAUGGAGUCUGAGCCACCUGUUUGCUGGGUAAGUGUACUACCAGGCUCACGCAGGAUGCGUACUGUUGUUCCCUACCCUGGUAGCUCAUCUAUGAACUACUUGGGUUUUGUAAAGAACCCUAAGUUCUGUCAGUGUAUUAGACGUACUCUGCCUGUAUGUCAGAUUGACUUGGAGAAUAUAGGCAGAGGGAUGGCAAUUUUUUGGCUCUUGGUGAAUGUAAAAGAUUUGUUCCCUCAGCCUAGGAAGUCUGCAGAGUAGGAAGAUUCGGCAUCUUCAAACACCCUAAGAAUUGUCCAUUCAAACAACGAAGCAAGCUAUAAUCUAAACCCAGAUGACUGGGGUCUUGGAUUUCAAUUUCAGAAUCAAGGAUCUCAAUUCCAUCUAGCUCUUGUGUGUGUCUUACUCCGAAUGGGUUAACUGGGUUAAGCUAAAUGGAACAAGGUGCUCUUAAUUCUGGAACAAGAUCAUUCAGAAAAUUGUUAGCAAAAGGGUCAAAUGUCUACACAAAUUCGUUGUGUAGAUGAGUCCUGCGCAGAAGACCAAUAUCUUAUUCCUUAGAUGAUUUUGCUUGUUAAAAGUUUGAGCUAAAAAUGUAGCUUGCAGCAGUUGCUGAAAUUAUCCUUAACUAUUAGUAGAUCCUGGGCUUUGGGGUUUUUUAUGUAAGAACUAGAUAAAACAGUUCAUUAUUUUAAUAAUUUUUUUCCUCUUCAGUAGCGAGUGAAGAAGAAUCGAUAGAUUUUUUUUUUACUGUGGAUUUGUUUGUGUUGGGUUUUUUUUCUUAACGGAUAGAUUUAUAGAUAGUUUUCCUAAAAUCAGAAUGGUCAUUUACCUUUGUUUUUUCUGUAUGUCUGUGUUUUUAAAUAUAGAUACACAUAAUCUUUUUUUUCCCCUCUGUUGGUGGAAAGGCAGAUUAACCUUUGGUUUAGUUUGUGCACUGAUGGCUUUGUCAGUGUCUAUUGUGUUGCUGGGAUGGGUGGGAGAGGGGCAGUCAGGCACUGCGGCCACUUCUCAGGUGACUGUUCUAUGCUUGUUUUAAAUUGGGAGUACGGUUUUUGUUCAUUGCCCCUUAACUGCUUUAUAAAUCUGUUUUUAAUUUCAGUUGCCCCAAGGUAGUCCUUGAUAGUUGUCUUCCUCAACUGGUUUUCAGAUGAAGUUUAGUUCAAUAUCUAGCUGUAAAAAACAGAUGUGUGCAAGGUGACAUAACUUACUUCCAUGUUAGCUGUUAAUAAAGCAUGAUGGAGAGGUUCAGGCUUGUAGAAAAGGGAGCUAUAUGUUAUUUGGUCAUUCAUAGAUUUAGCUUAUACUGCAGGGGUCCUCAAACUUUUAGCAGGGGGCCGGUGCGCGGAUGCAGUGGCAGGCAGUCAUCUGUGGCUGUUUGGUUUGCCCCCCAACUGCCGUUGGGGGGGUUCUGAAAAUACCGGGGGCCGGAUUGAGGACCCUGGGGGGCUGUAUCUGGCCCGCGGGCCAUAGUUUGAGGACCCCUGGCUUAUAGGAUUUGUGUGAAAAGUAGUUCAGUGUGGUAGUUUGAUUUUACAAUGACAUGAUGUUAGAAGUGGACCUAAUAAAACACGUUCAUUUUGUAGUGGUUUCAAAAGUAGUUUCACAAGGUCUUGUGGGGUGGAACAAUUUGCAUAUUUUUUUUUUUAAUUUGUACAAGACUAGACUGUCCAUAUGCAGCAGUAACCACUACAGUAAAUUAGUAAAUUUUAGUACCAACUUGGAUAUCUUAUUUAGCAGUGGCAUUGAAAAUAAUUGGUGUUAAAUCUUUGCAUUUUGAUCAUAGCAAGCAGUGGGCUUGCUACGUCAUUCAAAGCUGGUAGUAUUUGUAAGUCAGUUCAAAGUAAACAUCAUAAAUGGGAAGAUGUUACUCUUGGAAUAGGAUUUCUCUGCACUGGAGGAAAAUGGAGAAAACUGGAGUCAGAGAUCAUGUUCAAGAAAAAGCAUUUGAGAGAAGUCGUUACCAGCCUCCUUCUGGAGGUGGGAUUGAUCAUGAUUCCAAAGUAUGAUACUGAAUACACUGGUUAUGGAGCAUUUUAACGUUAACUCUUCAGAGCUGCUAUUUUUUCAGCUUUGUAUGCGUAGGUUCUCAUGCUCCAGUGAGAGCUCUUGUAAAUGAUCUUGAGGUUUUUCAUUCAUAUGUGUUAUAUGGGAACACUAAAAUAUUUCCAUCAUAGUACACGACAGAUCUGUAACUUAACAUUACUUUUUUAAACCACUUAGUGUAGUUGAUUUAGUUGAUCCAUCUGAAUAUGAGGAAGAACUUCUGUACUUUGAAGGUGACAGAGCAGUGGAGCAGGCUGCCCAGAGAAGCUGUGGGGUCUCCUCUGGAGACAUUCAAAACCUGCCUGUACACGAUUCUGUGCAACCUGCUCUAGGUGAACCUGCUUUAGCAGGGGGUUGGACUAGAUGAUCUCCAGAGGUCACUUCCAACCCUGACCAUUCUGUGAUUCUGUAAACACAGUAAAAAAAAUAGCAAAUUUUUCUGAGUGCUUUUGAAUCACCCUAUCUAUUCGGAAGUAGAUAAAAUUACUAUUUGUAGUACUCUCUUUUUGUUGUUAUAUCAUUAUUAACAAGUUGAUACAACUUAGAGACCCAUUCUGACCAGGCAUGCAUCUGUCUUGGUUCCAGAGACAAAAUCCUCUUCAUAUUCUGCAAGCUUUUUAUUUUUUUAAAGCAUCUUUCCUUACAAAGUAAGAACACUUGAAGUUGAAAAUUGGCCUGACAGUUAGACAUUUUUUUUUUAAAUAUAGUUAGUAUUGAGGUCUGAAUCAUAUUCUGUGAGGUGUUUGAAAACAAAAAUCCUAGCAGUAAUUCUUAUGCUUAGGCAGUUGUUCAAUAACAGAAAUCCUAAUAGAGACUUAUGCUGCUUAUUGUCCAAUAGUAAGUGGAGUUACUUGCUGUAAUUGACAAACCCAAGGUAUUUAUCAUUAAACACUUGUACCUCCUCAGGAAUUGUUGCUAGUGUGAAGGGGCGCAUGGGGCAAAAGAGGAGCUGCCUUUUUAGUAGAGACUACCCAUCUGUGAAAAGAGAGGAGCAUCGUUGUUAGUCUGGCUCAUGGUAAAGAGUUGUGAGACAAUUUAAACUGAGUGGUUAUAAUGGUCAUAGUUCACUGUUGCAAGGUCCACUGAAGCAAGCUGAAAAAAAGAAAAUGCUGUCCAUGUUGUCAGUGACAAGUAAUGUGAUACCUGAUUGCAACCAGACUAUCUUUAAAUGCAGGAACUCGGGUAUAGCUGGAAGCAGUGUAGCUGCUGCAGUACUGGGCUCAGCAAGGGUUAAUUUGCCCUGCCAAAGAGCAAUCAACCAUGUGGACGCACUUAUGAAAUUUUGUGCACUCAAGAGUCAUGAAAAGUGUAACCUGUUUCUGUUCUGGAAACUCAAGGAAUGUUAACUGUGUUUUAGUGACAUGCAGCUUUAGAUAUGACUCCACAAGAAGGAUAUUUAUUUAAAAUCCCAUUCCCUCUAGGGGCUUUUCGCUGAAGCCUAAAGCGUUCUUGCUUUAGAUUCAAAUUGUUCCAAGUUCAAAAAUACAGAUGCGCAAGUUCCACUGAAACCCACAAGCAUGUAAGUGGUUUGUAUUCACUGCAUAGUACACCAAGCUCCUGGACAAAUGCUGUCUAAUCCUUCAGUCAAGUUGCAAGUUUCGUGGCUCCUCUUAGUAGUUCAAAUGAUUUGCAACAAGUGUUGCUUGUUCCAUUAGGAACGUACUUUCAGUUUUUCGUUUGUUUGUUUUUUAAUGAAGUAUUCCAUUGAGGCCUCCCCUGGCACUCUGCCAUACACAUUCCUGUUGUGCAUGUGACUAUAUGGGUCUUUGGGAAUGUCAGAAAGAAAUUACCUCUACAGCAGCAAUUUAACUCAAACAGGGUUUGCUUUUAUGCCAUGCUGCUUUUGUUUUUUAACAGUUUUAAAAUGCUGAGUAUAUACAUAUAUAUAUUUAUAUAGGAUAUAUAUAAACAAGUGCUUCCAAUCAACAGAUCACAAAGUACCUUACAGAGAAUGUUAGUGUCUUUAUCCCGCUGGAUAGACCGUGAGACUCGGUAGUUAUCUGCCCCAAAUCUGGUACAGAUCUGGGAAUGGAGGCCUUACUUUUUCAGCCUCAGCUGAAUGCUCUGACUUGGACUGCUUCCCAGGGAUUCAUGUCCUGUUUGGUGUCUGACAUGAACCAACUGGAUUAUGUAUUCUCAACCUGUGUGCUGGGGGAAGGGCUUGGUAUAACUGACUAGAUGCAUACUUUUUUGCUGUCACUCACUUCACGUUGCAUGCAGCGUCAUGAUGUUUAAAAUUAUUACUCAUUUCUCCAUGGAUACACCCCUCACAAUAAAGUAUCUCAGCUCCAAAGCAGCUACUCUUACUUUCCAGACCUGCUCUCUCCAAGUCCCUACUCACAGGCGUUUGGGAGCUGACUGUAGGAGAUGUCAGAAGAGCAGAACUUUUAAUUAUAGUUGCUAAAUAAUUACCUUUCACAAGGAUAACCUUGUUCGGAUAGCUUAUCUUUACAGACUUUGCUGGUUUGUCUCGUUUUUCUCAGGCUUCUUACUACCUUAUGCUAGUCUAUGUAAGACCACCAGGUAUUUGUACCAACACCCUUUAAGAGUUUUCUAGACAUCGAGGCUCCUUGGUGUUUAAACACAGUGGAGGAUCUGAAUUCCAGUCAAUCUGUAACAGCAUAUAGGACACGUAACAGCAUUCCAGCUGCAUGUAACAGCAACAGGCUAUGUGGCAUCCAUAUUCCACCACAGCUCAUUUUGGGUUAAUGGAAUUGAAGUAGCAUGGCAAGUCAGGAACUGUGGUGAUAGGGAUGAAUACGGCUCUUUAUAAUUAUAGAGAAAAGAAGCUGAAUUCAGAUUAAAACCUAUUUUAAUCUAGGGCAGGUGGCAGCUGGUAGCAGUAUUACUUUAUUUCAUGUAUCACAAUAAAUGCAUAUAUGUACACAGCAAAAAAAUAUAAAAAUAUGUUCUUGGUAGAAUCCUGUCCUAAUAUUUCAGUACUGUCUGCUAUUAGAAAGGACGGUUGAAAUAGGCUGGUCAUUGACAACUUGUUUUAGGUUGUGUACGCUCUGCUUUCAGCAGCCCCCACAGGCUUGCUACUGUAUAAACUCUCAUUUGUAGCCCUAUCCUCUUCCUGCUGCAACAGCUUUUGUUGCCCCUAUUUCCUAGCCCCUUGCUUACCAUGGUUCUAGUUACCCCAAGAUACUGACCAGAAACACGCUGCUGUUAUGCCACGUGGUGGAUCGGAGAUACUUUCAGUAUCAUACUAUCGUCCAGACAUGGUCUGGCACACUUGGAAAAAUUCUUUGCGAAGUUAAACAGAUUUCAUUCAGAUUGAUAGUGCCACAAAAGUUAUGAUUGGGUGAGGUAAGAGUAUUAUAUAAUAGUAAAACAACAGAUGCCUGAUCUGAGAGGAGUUUCAUCCUAUGAAAAACCCAUCCUAAAAAUACUUGUAGGUUGAAGUGAUGGGUGGAUGGAAUGUGACAUUCCUGAUAUGCUGUGGAGGUUAAGGAACAGAAAUUUAUUAUGUUUAUCAAUGAGACUGUCCUUAUUCUAGCAAAUGCAAACUUUGUUUAUAGUCUUCUGCAAAUAAAGAAAGUCUGUAUGGGA